CGGGCCGGGGCGGGGCGGGGCCUGCGGCGCGCGAAGGUGACCGCGCGCGGGGCGGAGCCGGCGCGGCGCGGCGCGGCGAGGGGGCGGCAUGCGCGGCGUGGGGGCGCUCCUGCGGCCCGCGGCUUGGGAGCUGAGCCAGACGAGGGGCAUUUUCUCCUGGCUGGCCCGAUGGUUCCCCAAAACCCCAGCCAAGUCUGUAGUGGCCCUGAAAACACCCAUCAAAGUGGAGCUAGUGGCUGGGAAGACGUACAGGUGGUGUGUGUGUGGGCGCAGCAAGAAGCAGCCUUUCUGUGACGGUUCCCAUUUCUUCCAACACACGGGCCUCUUCCCACUCAAGUUCAAGGCCCAGGAGACGCGCACUGUGGCCCUCUGCACCUGCAAGGCCACCCAGAAGCCGCCCUACUGCGAUGGCACCCACAGGAGUGAGAGGGUGCAGAAGACCCCAGUGGGCUCCCCACUCUAUGAGGAUGACGAGGGGCCUGUGGCUGGGCCCCCGAGGCCUUAGCAGCUGCCUUCUGAGAAGGAAGCUGGGCCUGGAGCCCCAGACGUGGCCCGCCAUCCCCGGACCCUUCUGCCUGUAACCCCCUGGCAUUAAACAGACGUGCCUGCCCCCA